CUUGCUGUCUGCAAUCAUCAGUUCACUACGGUAGCUUCACAAUUAAAGUUAUUACAUAAACACUAUAUAAAACCAAAUCAAAAUGAAAUUCUUCGUUUGCAUUGCUAUCUUCGCCGCCAUCUUCAGCGUUGCAUUGGCCGGUCCCACAGGCAAUAGCGGUGCCGCUGCUGCCGCCGAACAAGAAGCCAAAGCCGAUCAAAACGCACAAGCUGUGAACCUUCAGUCCGCCUACGAUUUGACACGUUUCCGUAAAUCCGCUUAUGGUGGUGGUGCCGUUAAUAUUCCAGCUCCUCCCUGCGCCAAGAACUACCUCUUCAGCUGUCAACCCAAUUUGGCGCCAGUCGCUUGUGCCGGUCCAGCCCCCGCUCCAGCAUACGCCUCAGCUGGUGCCUACACAGCGCCCAUUCCAGCUUAUGUCUACUAAAUUGUGUAGCAACGAGGAUAACGGCAAAGUACAAAGGUAUACUCUAGCGGACUAAUGUGUGGCGAUAUGUAAUAGCUGUGAAUGCAGUUAAUUAUUUUAUUGAAAAGAAUAUAGAAAAAAAGUUAAAGCAUAUAAAAA